CAAAAGUGACAGCAACAGCAACAGCAACAGCAACCGCAACAGCAACAUCAACAGCAACAACUCUUGUGCAACUGUAAUUGUAAUCUUUCAUGCGAAGAAACCUGCGCUUGAAUUGGAGGGCCCUGGCGCUGCUGGGCGCCCUCCUUUUAUCGGUUGAGCCCCGGGCGGGUCUGUCGUUUGUCGUAACGACAAUGUCGAGCCAAGACACAAACAGUACGCAAACAAACAGUAGUAAUAACAAUAGCAAUAACAAUAAUCAAUAUAGUAGUAAUAGUUCUAUACAAAGUGAUCAUAGUCAUAAUAGUACUCUCUCUCUGCUGAGGCGUGAAUAUAGUAUAGAGCACAAUCAAAGUAUUAGCGCUGAAUUUAAUAUGCGAACAUUAAACAACACAAAUCAAUUAACUGCCAUAAACACAACCACCAUAGCAACACCCAGCAGCAGUAGCAGCAGCAGCAGCAGCAGCCGAAGCAGCAGCAUCACAACAGAAGCAACAGUUGCCGAUGCAGAUCGAUUGGGCUUCAUUUUCUCGUCUGCGCCACGUGAACAUUUGGCCAUACUCUCACGCACAGAGCGCAGCAUACGGCAUCAGCAUCAGCACCUGCAUCAUCAGCAACUGCAACAGAGACGGCAGCAGCAGCAACAGUCGCAGGCAGAUGCUGCCACCAACAUCAACAGCAACAGCAAUAGCAACAGCAAUUUCAUUGGUUCGAAAUCGAAAAGACUGAAUAACUCUAGAAAUAAUCUACACAUAAAUAGUAGCAAUAACAACAAUCCCAACAACAGCAACAGCAACAGCAACAUAUUCAACAAUAAUCCCAGCAAUUUGGAUCGUAACGAACGCUCCACCAUUUCCCAUUUGGCGGGACCAUCGCGCAAAAUACAGUUAUAUAUGAAGAAUCGUAUACUACAAAUACUGCCAGAUGGCACCGUCAACGGCACACAGGACGAGCAGAGUGAAUACACCAUUCUGCAGCGCUCGACUGUGGAUGUGGGUCGCAUUAAGAUACAAAGUGUGGCAACCUGCCUGUAUCUGUGCAUGGAUGCGUGUGGCGCGGCCUAUGCCUCGAAAGAAUUCGACGACAACUGUGUGUUCAAUGAGAACAUGGAGCUGCACAACUACAACACAUACUCCUCCACAUACAACUCGAAUGCGAGACGUGUGUUCUACUUGGCGCUAACUGGUCAAGGUGCGCCGCGGCGCACACAAAUUCCGGCGACCAGGACAUUGGGCAAGCUGUCCACCUACACGAAUGCAAUCACCGAGACGGUGCCGCAGCAGCGGGUCGAGCAGCUGAUAGCCAAGAACUUUGGUGCCAAUCGCGUCAAGCAUGGCGUGCGCCAACUCUGUGAUACCGGCAAGCCGCUGAUUGAGCUCAUCGAUGCGGUGCACUUUAAGCCGCGACCCAAGUGCAGCAGCAGCAGCGGCAGCGGCAGCAGCAGAAGCAGCAGUAGCAGCAGCAGUAGCAGUAGCAAUAGCAGUAGUAGUAGUAGCAGCAGUAACGUUCCUGUGCCUGCGUACAGCGCCAGCAGCCUGAUUAGUAUUAGUAACGGUAGUCAAAGCGACAGCGGCCAUAUUAGCAGUAGCAUUAACAGUAGCAGUAGCAAUAACAAUAACAAUAACAGUAGCAGUAGCAAUAGCAGUAACCUUAGCAGUAAUAUUAUCCAGCACAAGAAGAAGAAGAAGCUGCGCAAGUGCCGGCCACACGAGCAGGAGCACACGCACAAUUGCCAGAGGCGUAUCGCGCCAUCGCGCGGUCCCAAGGCUCAGGCGUGCAAGGACCUGCGCGACGAGGCAGCCAGAACCGGUGCGCCGCCGCCCAACUGUGGCAAGAAGUCCGGCAGCCCAGCAGCUAAACGCAAAGCAGCUGCAGUGGCAGCGUCUGGGGGCGGCGCCAAAGGCGCCAUGCAAAGACCUAGGGCUGGCGGCGCGGCUGGCAAGCGAAAGGCGCCCAAAGUGGGCGCCAAGCAGCGACUCAACGGGCCCAAAAGGCAGCGGGCAGGCAAUGCCAGCAAGCGUAAUAAUACGCGCAAGCUGCAGCGUCUGCUUGAGCUGAGCAGCACGACAACAAGAACAACAACAACGACGAGCACUACAAUGGCCAGCAGCCUGGCAACGCCGGGCUACAGCAACGGCAACAGCUGGGAAAGCAGCUCUCCGCUGCCCGCUCUGGCGCUCAGUGAGACGAGCGAUCGGGUCGAGCGUAAUGUGCGCAUGUCCCAAGCUAGCGUUGAGGAGCCACAGAGCGAAGAUGAUGCGGGCGAGGAGGACGACGAGCUGCCAGAGCUGGACUCGCAGGAGGAGCCAGAGAACAGCUACGAGAAUGCCACGCUGGAGGGACAGGCGCGCGGCUCCGCCGUGGACGAUUCGGUCUACUACGAUCAGCUUGAUUUGCAUUAAAAUGGAAUUGCAUAAAGCAAAUAUUAAGUAAUCCCACACUAUAUGACUAAGAAAUCGAGCAAGAUCUUGUAAAACGUUUGGCUUGAGUAUGCGAUAUUGUACUUUGCAAGUUUUCAUACAUACCCACAAACACACAAACACACACACACAUACACGCAAACACACCGACAAACGCAUUACACUGCACCACACAUACUACAAAACACCGCAUCACUUCUAUAAUAAAUAUAUAUGCAUAGAUCAUGUGUAUAUAUACUGUGUACCCAACGACUGUGGUUCAAAAAGUAUUUUUGAUGCAGCGCACAGAGAUCGACACCUAUCGAUAACACUAACAACUCGUUAGCGCGCCUGCAAUCGAUCACGAAUAAGAAUAUCAAAACAAAUGAUGUAUUACUACAAAACGGAGUCUCGAGUAUUUUCUGUUUAAGUGUUUUUUCCAUUG